UGGCAAUCAACCUGUGGCUUAGCAUCAGGGAAGCCACGUGCCCAGUGACCAACUCGAGACGCCAUGUCGCGAUCCUCCAAGGUGGCAGUUGGCUCGGUGCUCGGCGCUGCAGCAUUGGGCGGCCUUGCGUUUGUGGCGCCAGGCGCUGCACCGGUUGGCACAGAGCCGCAGGUGUCUGCCACCUCAAGCCAGAGGUUUUUGUCGUCGUCCGCUCCUUCUGGUGCUACCUCUUCUGCUGCCCAGGGCCUGAGCGGUGCCCUGGCUGUUGGAGGACUGAGCGUGGCCGCCAUCCGUGGCGCAGCGGCGGCCUCUCGUCGCAAGGGCAUCAAGCCGAGGGCCGCCCAGAACGUGGUGGCAUGCAGAUCGCUGGCCAAGCUGAAGAUCGACGAGGUUGACCUCAAGGACAAGCGCGUCUUCAUCCGGGUGGACUUCAAUGUUCCACAGGACAAGCAGGAUCCCAACAUCAUCACGAACACUGCGCGCAUUGAUGCUGCCCUUCCCACCAUCAAGUACGCCUUGGACAACGGUGCCAAGUCCGUGGUGCUGUGCUCCCAUUUGGGCCGCCCGGAUGGCCAGUUCAGCGACAAGUUCUCCAUGAAGCCAGUUGCCAAGGUGGUGGAGGAGAAGCUGGGCAGGCCAGUGAAGCUCAUGAAGGAUGUGAUUGGAGAGGAUGUUGAGGCUGCGUGCGCGGAUCCUGAGCCGGGCACUGUCAUCCUGUUGGAGAACUCCCGAUUCUACGUGGAGGAGACGGGCAAGGGAAAGGACGCGGAUGGCAACAAGGUCAAGGCCGAUGAUGAGCAGGUGAAGACAUUCCGUGCCUCCCUUGCCAAGCUGGCAGACAUCUACUGUAGCGAUGCCUUCGGAACAGCGCACCGAGCACACAGCUCCAUGGUGGGAGAGGGCUUCCCUGUGAAGUGCUCUGGUUUCCUGCUCGCCAAGGAACUGGACUACUUCGCCAAGGUCGUUGAUGCGCCCACCAGGCCGGUGUGCGGUAUCCUGGGUGGUGCCAAGGUGGCGGACAAGAUUCAGCUGAUCAUGAACUUGUUGGACAAGGUGGACAUCAUGAUCAUUGGAGGUGGAAUGGCCUUCACUUUCAUCAAGGAGGCUGGCGUGGACAUCGGCGAUUCCCUGUACGAUGAGGAGGGCGCCAAGUUGGUGCCUGAGAUCAGGAAAAAGGCGGAGGAGAAGGGUGUGGAGCUGAUCCUGCCUGUGGACUUCGUGUGCUCCUCUAAGUUUGGCGAGGAUGGAGAGAUCAAGGAUGGCGACAUGAGCACCGGCGUGCCGGAUGGGUUCCUGGGCCUGGACAUUGGCCCCAAGUCCAUUGCCAUGAACGAUGAGGCCAUCAAGAAGUCCAAGACCAUCGUGUGGAACGGCCCUAUGGGUGUGUUCGAGAUGGCUUCCUUUGAGAAGGGCACCAAGCAGAUGAUGGAGACCAUCGUGGAGGUCACAAAGGAGGGUGCCGUUUCGGUGAUUGGCGGAGGCGACACCGCCACGGCCUGCAAGAAGUACGACACCGUGGACAAGGUCUCCCACUGCAGCACUGGCGGAGGUGCAUCCCUGGAGCUUUUGGAGGGCAAGGUUUUGCCUGGAGUGGCCACCUUGGAUGACUCCAAGGCGCUUGCAGAGGCAUAACUUAUUUUUGUUCAACUUAUUUAUCUGCCAAAUACGGCACACGCUCACUCAAAAAAGUUUUCCCUCCGGCUGCAACUGCCCCAGCAUGCGCAGCCAGGGUAUUUUCCCCAACCGUUGAGUUGUGCUAUUGC